AAGGUGUAUUUUCGUUAUAAACAACCUCUCAUUAAACAUGAAAAGGUCUUCAGUGAUCAUCGCAACAACAGUAAGACUGGUUUUGUUCAACAGGGAAGAAGCCGAGGGCUUGAGUUAACACCUCAACACUUCUUCAUGUAUUUUGGAAAAUAUCAGUAGAAAAGUCAAACAUUCUUUCAAGAAAGGUAGAAAACAACUCAAGUUUUCUAUUUUUUGUCUUAGUUGUAUGGAGGGUGAUGACGCUGAGUGAACUUUUGUUACUUAAAAAGAAAAAAAACCAACAUAAUACUUUCAGUAAGAUAAUAUGCCCUUAAAACAUAACCCAUGAUCACUUAUAGGAUCGGUAAGGAUUCUGCCUCGGUUUUAUCUUGCAAAGCACACAAUAAUAUCAGAGACUAUUCAGGUUUGUUCUUGCAGCAGAGCACAAUUUUUGGGCUUGCAGUGGUAUCACAGUGGUACAGAAACAGAGAAUCGUUCCCCUGCUGUGACCAGAAGUGAACAACAGUACCUUACAAGUACCCCGCUCUUCUUUUUGUGAAGGGUUAAUAAACUCCUGCCUUCCAAGAAACACGAACGUGUCACAAGCCUGCAAGCAGAUACUGCUCUGCUGAUGUUAUUCUAGGUACUGUUAUCAAAUACAAACAGAGAUAACCACCUGCAAUAAUUCUUUUAGCAUUAUUUAAACAGUUUGUGCGGCUCUUACUAAUGUCAGCCUUCUCAACUCCUCUUUAAUUCUCCUAUCAGGAACAGGCAUGGCAUUAAAGAUGACAUAAUGAGAAAGAGAUACAUAAAUACAAACACAUUGCUAGAGAUGUUUUUCCGAAGAGAUCCUGGUUUUGUUUGCCUAGCCAUUACAGCCGAGCUCCCGCAGUAAAAGCAGAAAGUAGUGAGGAGCGCAGGCUGCGCUGCGGGCUGCACGUGCCUCUUUCACGUGGUAAGCAGAGAUCUGUUUCUGCAAGCUAUGCAGAAACAUAACGUUAAGAACACAGAACACAGGCUCCAGGUGGCCGUGGUCCCCAGAGCUGCGCUGAGACUUGGGCUCGUUGCUCUUUCACGAGUGGCUUUCUAAAUCAGUGGUUGCACUUUGGAUGUUGGAAGUCCUGCCUGUCCGCCCAUUUUCUCCACCGCUGGCAGCAGCGAGCUCGAGCGGCUCCAGCGAACUGCAACACCGAACUCUGAGAGGAGGUCUGAUGCUUAUUUCGUUUCCAUCAGCGCAUUCACCCCCACCGUCCAACAAGCGGAGACGCAAACGACAGAAAACUGAAAAUCCGGCCCGAGGCCUGGGCGGAUGGCGGGCAGCCGAGCAACCGGCCGAAAGCCAGCGGCUCCCAGCGGGCCGGGCGCUGAGAAGCGCGGCGUGUCCCUGAGAGGACGGCGGGACCAACCCGCGGAGCCGCCCCACACGGCCGGCCCCGCCCCGCCCCGCCCAUCGCGCUGUGACGACAGCGGCGCGCCCGGUGGCGGGAGUUGGCGCGAAGGUUGCGGGGCGCGGGGUGGGCGGAAGCCAUGGAGUCGGAGGCGUCCCGCUAGCGAGAUCACCAACGCCGCCGCCAGCAGCAUGGAUAUCCGGAAAUUCUUUGGCGUUGUGCCUCCUGGAAAGCGACAGGAGUGCCAGGCUGUGAAAAAGAGUGAGAAGAUAAAAAAUGGGGAAGGAGAAUCAAGUGGGAAGAAGAGGGGAAAGGAAACAAAGGUGAAGAGUUCACCCAGUGAAGAUGUUCCCAAACAAAAGCAGGCACACAAGAAAAAAAGAAUAAUCUAUGAUUCAGAUUCAGAAGAGGAGGUGCAGUCUGUGAAAAAAACCAAGAAGGCAUCAGAGAAGAAAGCCGCUACUCCAAAACUUGGUAAAGUUCUAAAGCAGCAUCCUGUUGUCUAUGUUUCAGAGACAGAUGAAGAAGAUGACUUUGUCAACAAGAGAAUUUCCCUGAAACCGAAGGAGAAUGGGACAUCAGCAAUCAGUUGUCCAGGAACAGCAACGGUGAAAAAAGGCGAUGUAAAGCCACAGGCUAAAAUCAAACCAUUAUCUCCAGUGAAACUGACUCCCACCUCAGCUCUUGAUUACUUUGGGACAAGAAGUGUCCAGCGAUCAGAAAAAAAACUGGUAGCGAGUAAAAGGAAGGAACCUUCACAGAGCGGAGACAGCACUCUAGAUGAUGAGGCCAUUGCUAGGCAACUGCAGCUUGAAGAAGAUUCAGAGCUGGAGAGACAGCUGCAUGAAGAUGAAGAAUUUGCUAGAACUUUGGCAAUGUUGGAUGAAACACCACAGAAGAAAAAGGCUCGGAGAGAUUCGGAGGAGCAAACGGUGUUGAGCAUCAAAAGCAGUCCUAAUGUGAUGGAAAGAUACAAACAAUCCCAAAGAGCGAAAGCAACAAGCUCGGCAGGUGAAGUAAAAGAACAAACUAAAUCUGAAAAUUCAAAAGAGCCUAAUUUACAUCCACAGUCAUCUGAUGGUAAAAUAGCAAGGGCACUGACAGAGAAAACCUUGCCUUUGAAACCUACCUCAAAGCUUGUGGCUCUGAAACAGAAGGAGGAAACUACUAAAAAGGAAAGUGGCACUCAAAAUUUACUUUCAAAAGAAAAAUAUGCUACAGGGAAAGAAGAGAAAAGAACACCCAAGAAGGAGAAAAUUUCUCCCAAGAAGGCUGAGUCUAUAAGUCCUGAGGACUCUGAAAAGAGACGAAGCAACUAUCAAGCCUACCGAAGCUUCCUCAACCGCGAGGGUCCGAAAGCUCUGGGUUCCAAAGAGAUACCUCAAGGAGCUGAAAACUGCUUGGAAGGCCUGACGUUCGUAAUUACAGGAGUUCUGGAGUCCAUUGAAAGAGAUGAGGCCAAGUCUCUGAUUGAACGUUACGGAGGAAAAGUAACUGGCAAUGUCAGCAAGAAGACAAACUAUCUGGUUAUGGGACGAGACUGCGGACAGUCUAAGUGUGAAAAGGCAUCAGCUUUAGGGACAAAAAUUAUUGAUGAGGAUGGGCUAUUUGAUCUUGUUCGAACUAUGCCAGGCAAGAAGUCCAAGUAUGAGCUGGCAGCUGAAACAGAGGCGAAGAAGGCAGAGUCAAGACAUAAAAAGACACCACAGAAAACCGAGUCUGGCAAAAGGAAUUUUAGUCCUCUCAAAAGGGAAGCUGAUAGGAAGAAAAGUAAUUGUACACCUGAAAAGGGAGGUACCUUCAAAUCUGUCAAGAAAGAAGCUACUGCCAUUCGAAAGCUUAAGGACUUUGAACAUCAAACUGUGGAGAAGAAAGAAGCCCCCAAACCUAAGGGGACCUUGGUUUCUGAGAGCAGUGAAAAUAAAACAGAGACAUUACUAUGGGUAGAUAAAUACAAGCCUGCAUCUCUUAAGGCGAUAAUUGGACAGCAGGGUGAGCAAAGCUGUGCCAAUAAACUCCUCCGAUGGCUCCGAAGCUGGCACAAGAAUACCUCAGAAGAUGGACAAGCAAAGACCAACAAACCUGGAGGCAAAGAUGAUGGUGCUAGUUUUAAAGCAGCAUUGCUCUCUGGUCCACCUGGAGUUGGUAAAACUACCACAGCUUCUUUAGUUUGUAAGGAGCUGGGGUACAGCUAUGUGGAACUGAAUGCCAGUGACACUCGAAGUAAGAACAGUCUAAAGGAAGUAGUUGCUGAAUCACUGAACAACACCAGCAUCAAAGACUUCUGUUCUGGCACAUCCUCAUCAGUUAGCGGGAAACAUGUAUUGAUCAUGGAUGAAGUGGAUGGUAUGGCAGGCAAUGAAGACAGAGGAGGGAUUCAGGAACUGAUUGGUUUGAUUAGACACACAAAGAUACCCAUCAUCUGUAUGUGUAACGAUCGAAACCAUCCAAAAAUUCGUUCCUUGGUCCACUAUUGCUUUGAUCUUCGUUUUCAGAGACCUCGCCUAGAACAGAUUAAGGGUGCCAUGAUGUCUAUUGCAUUUAAAGAAGGUUUGAAAAUUCCACCACCUGCUAUGAACGAGAUAAUCCUGGCAGCAAAUCAAGACAUCAGACAGGUUUUACAUAAUCUCAAUAUGUGGUGUGCAAAAGAGAAAUCAUUGACUUAUGAUGAGGCCAAAACAGACGCCAGCAGAGCCAAAAAGGAUAUCAAACUGGGCCCUUUUGAUGUUGUCCGGAAGGUUUUUGCUGCUGGAGAGGAGGCUUCUCGUAUGUCUCUUAUAGACAAAUCAGAUCUCUUCUUCCAUGACUAUUCCCUAGCACCUCUCUUUGUCCAAGAGAACUAUGUGCAUGUGAAACCUGCUGCUGCUGGAGGAGAUCUGAAGAAACACUUGAUGCUCUUGAGCAGAGCUGCUGAUAGUAUAUGUGAUGGUGAUCUGGUGGACAAACAGAUUCGUACCAAGCAAAACUGGAACCUUCUACCGACACAGGCUAUUUAUUCAAGUGUUCUUCCUGGGGAGCUGAUGAGAGGUUACAUGUCCCAGUUUCCUGUCUUUCCCAGCUGGCUGGGGAAAUUUUCAUCUACGGGCAAACAUGAACGUAUCAUCCAAGAACUGGCAAUGCACAUGAGCCUGAGAACCCAGGCAUGCAAGAGGACAGUAAAUAUGGAAUAUUUGUCUCAUCUGCGUGAUGCACUCAUCCAGCCACUGAAAGCCUUUGGAGCAGAUGGGGUACAAGAUGCUAUAGCAUUCAUGGACUCUUACUGCCUGAUGAAAGAAGACAUUGAAAACAUAAUGGAAAUAAGCAUGUGGGGAGGUAAACCCAGUCCUUUUUCAAAGCUGGAUCCCAAGGUCAAGGCAGCUUUUACACGUGCCUACAACAAAGAGGUGCACCUGACUCCAUAUUCCCUUCAUUCUGUGAAGAUGUCCAGACGGCAGUCAGGAUCCAUGGGGACCUCUGAACUGAAUGAAGAACUGAAUGUGGAAGAGAUCCAAUCUGAUGAGGAGGAGCAAGAUACUGUUGAAAGUGAUGCAAUGAUCAAGCAAAAAAAGGUGAAGUCUUCCAAGCUGCCAAAAAGAGAGAAAAAUGAAGAAACAACAAAAAAAGAAGGUAAAAGAAAAGAGAAAACAAGACAUUAAACAGAAUAAUCUUGCUCUGGAGGUGGCUUUGUUUAUCUAACUUCUGUCAGGAACAUUUAACUGAUCUGGUGAUACAGAACCAGUGCAUUGAAAAUGCUCCUCUUAUAGAGGUGUUGUAGCUCCUGUUCUCACACUGGGCAGUGCUGUACCAAACAUGCUGUGUUACAAGCCAUAACUACUCUUGUAGAACAAGCACCAGGGUGCAUGAACAUGAUGCAAGUGUGAUGUGUAGUUACCUGGUGUUUAUGCAAGUCUUCACAGGACUGUUUUUAUAAUAAAUCCUCUGUUAUUAUGUACUGAAAUCUUGUAAAUAGUAAAUCCUAAUCUGCAUAUUUGUACAUGAUAGCAAUUAAGCAGUGUAUAGAAUUACAAUAAAAUGUGUUUCACAUGAGGUUUCUAUUUUUGCUUAAGGGCACAGCAUGUUCUGGUGGAGGUUCUGACUUUCCUGCAUUUAUCAGGCUUUUUUUUUUUUUAAAUGAUCCUAUAGCCAUAGAAAAGGAAUGCAGAGAGGGAUUUAGUUCCAAAAUUUGUAGUGUUUAAAUUUUAUAGCUGCAAUUAAAGCCAGAACAAAAUACCAAAAAACUUAAGAACUGUUUAACACAAACUAAAGUAACGAAAGCUCAGAACUGAUGUUGAAUAUGAGAACACAAGGGCUUCUCCCACUGCUGGCCUGCUUGGUGCAAAUGAAGCAAAAAAAAAAAAAAAA